GCUGCCAAGGCUCACACACUGCCUGCUGCUUCUGCUGCUGCCGCUGCCGCUGCCGUUUCGACUCUGGGCAAGUGAGGAGAGCAGACCGGAGCGGGAGAGGAGAGGGGGACGGAAAGGGAGACGGCUUCGAGAGCUGACGAGAGAGCGGGGGAGAGCGAGAGGAAAGCCCCAGAGCAAGCAAGAAACAGAGACACCCCCUUUUCUCCUAGGACCCUCAAUGGCGCAAGGCAAAGGGCUGAAGCUGAGGAAAGUGUGAGCGGGUGGGCGAGAAAGGGGGCUUCUCUAACUUUCCACGCCUCGCAGCGAGAUUUGGGAAACGUGGAGGAGGCAGCCGUCUUCCAACGCUGGCCGCUGAAGCCCCCGCGGGAGGUUCAAUGCGCUGUUCCGCGCUCCUCCGGGCUUCCUUCUUGAGGUAACUUUUUGGGGACGCCUUGUGGCUGCCGCUGCUGGUGGAGGUGCUUGGAGGUGAGCCGGGAGCCUCGAAAGAAGCGGAGGAAGGACGGGAAGAGAGUCAGAGAGAGCGAGACAGAGCGGACGAGAGAAGAAAGUUUCUUCCGAGGAACGGGGCGAGCUCUUUUCAUUUUGUUUAGUGUUGUUUUGCCUGCUCGUCGCUGCACGCAAAGGAGAUGAUGUGGAAGAGCAGAAGCUGCUGCCGGGGAGUCCGGAGCGGAGGGGACCUCCUGUGCCUGCUCACCCUCUGGCUGGGUUUCUUGCUGCCCGCCUGCCGGACUCGCUUGUACACCAACCACUGGGCGGUGCGGAUAACUGGCGGGAUCCAAGAAGCCAACCGCAUAGCUAGCAAGUACGGCUACAUCAAUAUAGGACAGAUUGGAGCAUUGAAGGAUUACUACCACUUCUACCACAGUAAAACAAUUAAAAGGUCAGUUCUCUCAAGUAGAGGUACUCACAGCUUCAUUUCAAUGGAACCAAAGGUGGAAUGGAUAGAACAACAGGUUGUAAAAAAAAGGAUAAAGAGGGAUUACAAAUCUGGUGGCAUCCAAUCCAUGUUUUUUAAUGACCCCAAAUGGCAAAGUAUGUGGUACAUGCACUGCAGUGAUAAUACAAACCUCUGUCAGUCAGAUAUGAACAUUGUAGGUGCCUGGAGGAGAGGCUACACUGGAAAGAACAUUGUGGUCACCAUCUUGGAUGAUGGCAUUGAGAGAAACCACCCAGACUUGAUGCAUAAUUAUGACUCAGAUGCCAGUUUUGAUGUCAAUGGUAAUGAUAUUGACCCCAUGCCUCGCUAUGAUGCCAGCAAUGAAAACAAGCAUGGAACCCGUUGUGCUGGAGAAGUGGCAGCUACAGCAAACAAUUCACACUGUAUUGUAGGAAUUGCAUUUAAUGCCAGAAUUGGAGGAGUACGGAUGCUAGAUGGUGAUGUUACAGACAUGGUAGAAGCAAAAUCUCUUAGCCUCAAUCCCCAACAUAUACAUAUCUACAGUGCUAGCUGGGGUCCUGAUGAUGAUGGGAAGACAGUUGAUGGACCUGCUUCUUUAACACGCCAGGCCUUUGAGAAUGGCGUCAGAACGGGCCGAAACAACUUGGGAUCCAUUUAUGUUUGGGCAUCUGGAAAUGGCGGAAGAAGUAAAGAUCAUUGUUCCUGUGAUGGUUACACCAAUAGUAUCUACACUAUCUCCAUUAGCAGCACAGCUGAAAGUGGCCGAAAACCUUGGUAUCUAGAAGAAUGUGCAUCUACACUAGCCACAACUUACAGCAGUGGAGAAUCCUACGACAGGAAAAUAAUCACUACAGACUUAAGGCAACGUUGUACAGACAGCCACACAGGAACGUCAGCAUCUGCUCCUAUGGCUGCAGGAAUCAUUGCAUUGGCCCUGGAAGCAAAUCGAUUACUGACAUGGAGAGAUAUACAACAUAUCAUUGUAAGAACUUCACGGGCAGGACAUCUGAUUGCCAAUGACUGGAAAAUAAAUGCUGCUGGUUACAAGGUUAGCCACCUAUAUGGAUUUGGGUUGAUGGAUGCUGAAGCCAUGGUGAUAGAAGCAGAAAAGUGGACAACAGUCCCUCCACAACAUGUGUGUGUUGAGAACACAGAUCGGCAAAUCAAAACAAUACGACCAGAUAAUAUCCGUAAUGGACCAGACAAUGGUGUUCGCUCAAUAUACAAAGCCACAGGCUGUGCAGAUAAUCCCAAUCACCAUGUAAUCUAUCUCGAACAUGUUGUAGUACGCAUCACUAUUACACAUCCUCGGAGGGGUGACCUGGCAAUUUAUUUGACUUCUCCUUCUGGAACAAGAUCUCAGCUUCUGGCUAACAGGUUAUUUGACCAUUCCAUGGAAGGAUUUAAAAACUGGGAGUUCAUGACGACUCAUUGCUGGGGUGAAAAAGCAGCUGGCGAUUGGAUUUUAGAAAUUUAUGAUACCCCAUCACAGCUGAGAAAUGUCAAGACUCCAGGUAAAUUGAAAGAAUGGUCCUUAGUACUUUAUGGAACAUCUAUUCAGCCUUACUCUCCAAGAAAUGCUUUUCUGAAAGCUGAACGAGUACGUUUAAGUCCAAUAGAAGAUCCUACAGAAGACUAUGGAGGAGAUGACUAUGCAGGGCCUUGCAAUGCAGAGUGUAGCAAAGUAGGAUGUGGUGGGCCAGGACCAGAUCACUGCAACGACUGUCUACACUAUUACUACAAAUCUAAAAACAACACACGCAUCUGUGUCCCCAACUGUCCACCUGGUCACUAUAGUGCAGACAAGAAACGUUGCAAAAAAUGCUCACCCAACUGUGAAACAUGUUUUGGAGGUCACAGUGAUGAAUGCAAUACCUGUAAACCAGGUUAUUAUAUUCACGAAGAGUCUAGAAGUUGUAUUACCAACUGCCCAGUUGGAUUUUACCUGGAUAAUAAUAGGAUUGUUUGCCGCAGAUGCAGUGAAAACUGUAGGACAUGCACUGAAUUUCAAACUUGCACAGAAUGCAGACAUGGCCUCAGUUUACAAGGAUCCAGAUGUGUUAUCCAUUGUGAAGAAGGAAAAUAUUAUAAUGGCAGGGACUGUGAACCAUGCCACCAUUCCUGUGCUUCUUGUGCAGGCCCAGGAGCAGAUGCUUGCAUAAAUUGCACAGAAGAUUAUCUAAUGGAGAAUGGAAGAUGUGUGGUGGCUUGUAGCAAUGGCUACUACUUGGAUCACUCUCUCGAAAAUGGAUACAAAACUUGCAAAAGAUGUGACCCCAGCUGUUUUGGGUGCAGUGGUCCAAGUGAGAAAAACUGUACAAGUUGUCCAAAUGGCUAUAUCUUAGAUACAGGUCUCUGCGUAGUUGGUCUAGUCUGUAAAGAUGGAGAAUAUAUUGAUCCUCUUGGUCACUGUCAGUUCUGUGAUCCUUCCUGUCCUAAGUGCAUAGGACCAAAGGCCUGCACAGCCUGUGAAUCAACAAGAUUUUUGGAAGAUGGGCGCUGUGUCCUUCAGUGUCCUAAAGGGAAAUUUGAAUUUAAGGAUCAGUGUCAUCCAUGCCAUCAGACUUGUAUGGAAUGCAGUGGAAGUGAACCUAACAAAUGUACCGCUUGUGGGAAAGACAAGAAAGGCAAUGCACUUUUCCUACACCUGGGAGAGUGCACUGAGAGUUGCCCUCUGGGCUACUAUCCUUCAGAAAAUGGCCAUAAAUGCAUGCCGUGCUUCGAACACUGUGAAGUGUGCCUUGAUCAAGCCAGCUGUGAGAGAUGCUUCCAAGGAUACUACUUGGCCGAUCGCAGCUGCCAGAGGCACAAAUGUAGAAAAGGUGAAGUAGAAGACCCUGACUCAGAAGUCUGUAUUCCUUGUGCAGAUGGAUGCCUGUCCUGCAAUUCGGAUGACCCAAGAACAUGUACAUCGUGCAUGCAUAAUUAUUACAUGUACAAUCAGAAAUGCUAUAGAAGUUGUCCUCCAGAUACCUACAAUGAUGAAAAUUCUCUGCUUUGCAUAGAAUGUCAACCAAAUUGCAGAAGCUGUGACAAAUAUGAGUGUUACUGGUGUAAAGAAGGCUUUUUUCUUCAAGAUGGGACAUGUGUGAGUGACUGCGGAGCUGGUUUCUACAGCGACAAGGUCACAGAGGAAUGCGAAGCCUGUCCCAGGACUUGCACAGCAUGCAAAGGGUACAAUGACUGCACCAGCUGCAGGGGCACUUUACAGCUACUCCAUGGGAAGUGUGUGAAUCCCAAAAGCAAGCAAGGAAAUGGGAAGUUCUGGAACGCAACAGCUACUCAGUUUCAGCAGUGUGAUCCUUCAUGCAAAACCUGUGAGAAAGCUGCUGAUAUCUGUACUUCUUGUCCCCAAGGGAUGUUUCUUUUUGGUGACUCUUGUGUGCAUGUUUGCCCACACGGAAGUUUUGGCAAUACAAGGACAGAGCGUUGUGAGAACUGCAUGGAUGACUGUGAAGACUGCACGAGAGCUGGCCACUGUCUGAAAUGCCAGCCCGAUUUAGAUCCACCACGCUACCUCCACAAAGGCAAAUGUUUGCAGGAGUGUCCCACGGGCUUCUUUGCCGAAGGAGGGAUUUGUAAGAGCUGCAGCAAGCCCUGCAAAACCUGUGAAGGAAAUUCCACCAGGUGCCUGUCCUGUGAAGGUCCCUUGCUCGUGGAGCGGUGGGAGUGCAAAGCCGUGUGCUCAGAGCAGCACUUUGCUGCUGGCGGAGUGUGUCACCAUUGCCCCAAGAUGUGCAAGGAAUGCAUUCAUGGAAGCUCCUGCAAAGUGUGUCUGCCACCGUUCUACCUGCACAACGGACAGUGUCUCCAUACUUGUCCCUCUGGCUUCUUCGCUGACACCAGCCACUGUUUUCGCUGCCAUGAAACCUGCGGAAAAUGUGACGGGCGGGAAUCUGAUGACUGCACAGAGUGUGCUGAGGAUUCCUACGUUCUGUACAAUGGCAAAUGCCUUGAAGAAUGCCCAGAUGGCACUUAUGAAGAUGCAAAGAAAGCAUGUACAGACUGUUCCAGGACAUGCCAAACUUGUUCAUCUUCUACUUCCUGCCUUUCCUGUGGAGAAGGCCUGCUGAUUUCUGAUUCUGGCCACUGUGUGAUGCCCGAGUCCUGCUCCCAGACACAGUAUUAUGAUGGACAAACCAAAAGAUGCAUGGCUUGCCACUGGAAGUGUUUGGAAUGCAGGGGCCCUGCUGAAGAUCAAUGUCUCAGCUGCCAUGCAAACUGGCAUCUUCUCAAUGCCACCUGUGUCAGAGACUGUCCCAGGGGAUAUUAUCUGGACAAAGACCAGUGCUACACUUGCCACAGGACUUGUGAAACAUGCAGUGGGAAGCACAGCACACAAUGCCUCUCCUGUCCACCAAGCUGGUAUAAGCAAGAAAAUGAAUGUGUACAGACCUGCUCAACUGGGUACUAUGCAAACAAUGUAUCUGGCACUUGUGAGAGAUGUCACAAAAGCUGUAAGGAGUGCCUGGGGCCUGAAUCCACAGACUGCCUGUCCUGUGAUACAGAUUUCUUCCUGCUGCACUCCACACAUGAGUGUCAGCUCUCUUGCCCGGAAUAUUACUAUGCAGACGAUGAUCAAUACACCUGUGAAAGGUGCCACCCAACCUGCCAUUCUUGCAAUGGGGAAGGACCAUUUGGCUGUACGUCUUGUGUGUGGAGUUAUCGUUUGGUUGCUGGAAGCUGCAAUUCGGAAUGCUUCAUUGGAGAAUACAAAAUCUCAGAGAACAAGGAGCACCUGCCAAUAUGCAAAAAAUGCCACGACUCUUGUAUGCAGUGCAAGGGACCUGGUCCGCUCAACUGUACUGAAUGUCACCUGCACAUGAAGCUCUACCUGGAUGAAAACCGUUGCGUGCCAUGCUGCAAUGAAUCUGAACUUGUGCAAACUCAAGAGUGUUGUGACUGCAGAUCAAGGCCAGAUUACUGUAUAUUACGCAUUGCUGACUUGUCAGGAGAGAGAAAAGGUAAAGCUGCAGCUUUGAUAGUUGCCAUAUCCAUCUUGUUGAUCCUCGUCAUUGGAGCUAUUGUUUUCAUUUGGAGAAAAUCACGGCCCAAACCCAAGCCAGUUAACCAAGGUGGAUAUGAAAAACUGGCAGACAACUCAAAAGCACUCAGUUCUUUCAAAAGUAACCACUACCAACGCCCCAGUUAUCAAGAAGAUCAAGUGAUUGAAUACAAGGACCGAGAUUAUGAUGACGACGACGAUGACGACGACAUAGUCUAUAUGGGCCAAGAUGGCACAGUCUAUCGUAAAUUCAAAUAUGGACUACUAGAGGAUGAUGAAUUAGAUGAACUGGAAUAUGAUGAUGAAAGUUACUCCUUUAGAUAACCUUUAGUUAGUGCAUAAGUCCUUUUCUCUUUGCUGUCCAGCACAGUAAAUUAUUGGGAGAUGAUGAUGAACUCAGUGAAAGCUCAGAGUCUCACCUGAAUGAUACACACAACCCUUUGCUAUAUAGCUGCACCUGGUGUAAAAUUGUUUUCCUUACCACUUGGCAAUGAAAGGUAAUUAGGGCACCAUUAUAUGCACAGCACAGUAAGCUAACCCCUUGGUAAAUGGUUGUCUGUAUCCACUCAGAAAUGUUUAAACUCUAUUUUAAGAUAUAUUGCUUUCUUCUGUACUAAAUUAUAUCAAUUAUAGGGGAUCAUAAGGCAUUUUAAUUACACAAAAUACCUUAGUUGAAUUUCUUUUGGUUUAAGAGCAUCACCAUUUUCCAAAUGCUAGAGGAAAAGGCAUAGAGCCAUACCCGAUUAAUAGAGACUAGCUACUUGUCA